CCGGGGUGAAUCGGGGUCGGGUUUGGGGUGGCACAGGGAAGCUAGCGAUGCGGUUCCGGGGCACGGCGCUGUACCUGAGCUUCUGAGCCGUGGCUCAGGCUGCGGGGGCCCAGGGGCCGGUCAGAGCCUGGUUUGGGGCAGGGGGAGAGCCCCGGAAAGUGGAGCGGAACCGGUCCUGGGAGGAGGGCCCCGGCCCAGAUACCGACCCUCCUCCCACCCCCCCGUACCCCCGCCCCGAGGAUUCCAGUAGUCCCUUUAAACAAUAUGAAGAGGAGAAAGUAGACUUUUAAGGAAAUUGGCCUCCGUAAAGAAUGGCCUUCUUGGAUAACCCAACAAUCAUCCUGGCUCAUAUCCGGCAAUCCCACGUGACCAGCGAUGACACAGGGAUGUGUGAGAUGGUCCUGAUUGAUCAUGAUGUAGAUCUGGAAAAGUUUCAUCCACCUUUGGUGCCUGGAGACAAUGGCUCUGAAAUGCCAGGAAGCAGUGUUGAAACUCAGGGCUAUGUCUAUGCCCAGUCUGUUGACAUUACCUCAAGUUGGGACUUUGGCAUCAGAAGACGCUCAAACACAGCUCAAAGAUUAGAGCGACUUCGAAAAGAGAGACAAAACCAGAUAAAAUGCAAGAAUGUACCAUGGAAAGAAAGAAAUGCUUCUCAUUCAGCAGAGGAGCUCAGCUCGUUGUUUGAAAAAAAGAACUUCAAAGUCAAGUCUUCGAGUGUGGGGAAGCCAUCACUCCUCUCCGUACGCCUAGAGCAAUGCCCGCUCCAGCUGAAUAAUCCUUUUAAUGAGUAUUCCAAAUUUGAUGGCAAGGGUCACGUAGGGACCACUGCAACCAAAAAAAUUGAUGUCUACCUCCCACUGCACACAAGCCAAGACAGACUGCUACCAAUGACAGUUGUGACCAUAGCACAUGCCAAGGUGCAUGACCUAAUCGGCCUAAUCUGCUGGCAGUAUACAAGUGAAGGACGAGAACCCAAGCUCAAUGACAACGUCAGUGCUUAUUGUCUUCAUAUUGCUGAGGAUGACGGUGAGGUUGACACAGACUUCCCUCCCCUGGAUUCCAAUGAGCCCAUUCAUAAAUUUGGCUUUAGCACUUUGGCCUUGGUUGAGAAGUAUUCAUCUCCUGGUCUUGCAGCCAAACAGUCGCUCUUUGUUCGAAUAAAUGCUGCUCAUGGAUUCUCCCUUAUUCAGGUGGACAGUACGAAGGUCACCAUGAAGGACAUCUUACAGAAGGCACUGAAGCGGAGGAAAGGCUCUCAGAGGGGUUCAGGUCCUCAAUAUCGCCUGGAGAAACAGAGUGAACCCAAUGUCCCUGUGGACUUAGAAUGCACCCUGGAGAGCCAGAGCACUUUGGAGUUCUGCCUUGUGCGAGAGAACAGUUCCAGGGGAGAAGGGAUUUCGGAGGAGGAUCCUCAGACUGACAUAGCCACAGUCCAAGACAUGCUGUCCAGUCACCAUUACAAAUCUUUCAAAGUCAGCAUGAUUCACCGACUCAGAUUCACAACAGAUGUGCAGCUAGGUAUCUCUGGAGACAAAGUGGAGAUAGACCCCGUCACUAAUCAAAAGGCCAGCACAAAGUUCUGGAUUAAGCAGAAGCCCAUUUCAAUUGAUUCUGACCUGCUGUGUGCCUGCGACCUUGCUGAAGAAAAAAGCCCAAGUCAUGCGAUGUUUAAACUUACCUAUCUAAGCAAUCACGACUACAAACAUCUCUACUUUGAGUCAGAUGCUGCUACUGUCAAUGAGAUUGUGCUGAAGGUGAACUAUAUUCUGGAAUCCCGAGCAAGCACUGCCCGGGCUGAUUACUUUGCUCAGAAACAAAGGAAACUGAGCAGGAGAACAAGCUUUAGCUUCCAGAAGGAGAAGAAGUCAGGACAGCAGUAAUGGCUGGAGCAAAGACACUGAUGCGCCACCCUUCACAGCAGCAGCAGCAGCUCCCCACAGCCUUGGUGGGCACCAGCAGGAGAAGGCCCUAAGCUCUGGACAGUGUCUCAUGGUUGAAAGAUCCUGACCACCAUGUUGGGGACGGAAUGAAACCCAGAAUUUGGUGGGCCACCCUAUGCCCUUUAACUGGAGCCCCUUCAGCUGGAGCCAAGACUCGAAUGAGGAUGGCACAUAUUUGGAUGAGAAGCCAGACAAGAUCACAUGCUGGGUGAACUCCAUUAUGUAGCACAUACAAUCACAAAAAAAAAAAGUGACUUCUACUCUUUUUCACUGCCUGGUUACAAAACAUUGAUAUGUAAAAGAAAGAGGUCACUUAGAACACGAUCAAAUGUCUUCAGAUGAAUACCGAACAAAAUGUAUACUUUUUUUUCUUGUAAUAAACUGGCAUAAUCUUUAUCAAGGCAUAUAAUGGACCAUUCUUUGGGGCAGAGGGUUAAUUAUGUGAUUCUUUUUUAAAAAUCUUCCAGAUUAUUGAAGGGCAGAUCUUUUAAAAGCAUUGUUUGAUUCUCUUAGAAGAAAUGUUUAUUGAUAGAUCAGUAUUUCUAAAUGCACCAUUUGUUUUGGUGACUUCCUAUAGAACCUUAUUGACUAAUCCAGAGAACAAGAAGGGAUGUUGUAUCUUAAAACCCACCACGUCCUUUACGUGCAAGGAGAGGCCUUGUUUCCACAGAUGAGAUGGCACGGUAGAGCAAAGAGCACUUGACUGGGGGUCAGGGAGGAUGGGAAGUGAACCUCCCCUCAACCUUUGAUGAGGUAUGUCACCUUGGGUAAGCCUCCUGCCUGCCUGGGCCUCAUUCUGCUCAUCUGUAAAAUGAAGGGGGUUGGAUUAAAUGAUCUCCAAGACACCUUCCAACUCUGAAUUCGAUACUCUUCAGUCUUCAGUGAUAGUGCUGAUUUCAUGGCAUUGGGCCAGCUGGAAAUCAGGGAAGAGAGAAGCAACUUGAUAUAACAACUGCCGUUCCUGGUUUCUAGUCUUUGGGAGAAAUAGCACAAUAUAGUGGGAAAGUCAGUCAAAGAGAGUGAGAAGAACUGGCCUCUGAUCCUAGCUUGCUGAACUCCUUACUUAGCUUAAAUACCUUGAGCAAGAUGCUUCCCACACUCAGCUUCAAGUUUUGCAACAUGAUUGGUUUUUGCUAGGUCUAGGUCUCUUUCCCUUCUAAUAUUUAAUGUUUGUUCUCACCUGUGAUCUAAAAUCCCUCCUGGCUCCAGCAUUCUGAGUUUUAAUGGCCCUUCCAGAUCUGACAUCUUCUGAUAUGAUCCUAAAACUUCUACCUGGAGAUGGAUAAUUUCUCAUUUCCCUAAGGCAGGGGCCCUUUCCCUUCUUUGUACCCUGGACAAACAGGAGAAGCCUCCUAUAAUGUUUUUAAAUACAUAAAAUAUGUAGGAUCACAAAAGAAACCAAUUCUAUUUAGAUACAGUUACCAAAAUAUUUUUUUAAAACAAGUACACAGACCGGGUGAAGAAUUGCUGCCUUACAUUGAAAGAAAAGAUUUUAUCGAUAAUAAAAGUGAAAGUUUUUUGUAUUAUUUAAGCAUUCUCACCUUUCAGUGGCUCAUAGGGAUGGAGCAAUAGCAGUGCCUUCUUUUCUCCUUUACCAAAAAGAGAAAAACAGAAGGAAUUACUUCCUUUGUGAAAGCAGUGCAUGACAGUGGACAGCCACUAGAUUGGGAGCCACAGAGCCUGGGUUCAUUUCCUGGAGCUGCUACUUAUCUACUCUGUGUGCUUGGACAAGUCACUUCCCUCCCUAAACUUUGUUUCCCCUGUAAAAUGGGGAUGAUAACCUCUGCACUACCUUCUGCGGGGGGAAAAAAUGCCGGGUAAAAAUGGGAGUGAUUAUGUCUUAAAGCAGUAUUAAAAAAUGGUUCUUCUUUCCAUGUGCCAAUAAAAAGUUCAAUUUUUAAAGCAGAUAGAUAAUCUGAACCAAUAUUAGUAGUAGUCUUAUUCCAUCAGAGAGAGCUGGCUAAGAGUCUGUCGUUGACUUUUAUGAAAUACAUAGAAGAUUUCCAGCCAAAAGUUUCAGUGGUGAGAGGAGAAUUGUUGCUUCAGAUAGCUUCUGUCUUUCAGAUGUCAGUAAAGUACCACUUGUCCCUCUGCUGCAGCCCAGCCCCUUCAUUUUGCAGAUGAGGAAACUGAGGCACAGGGAAAUGCAGUGAUUUGCCCAUAGUCCCCUAAGUGGCAAAACCAGAAUUCAGUCCGGGUUCCUUAACUUUUUGCUACCCCACGUCUUACCGGUAGAGCAGCCCACCAACGUGGGCCUUCUAGGGGGUGUAGACAUGUACACUGGCCACAGGUGAGUGCAGCCAGUUUCCACGGGUAGGCAGAAUUGUGGUCUUUGCUCCAUGUUGUAAAUGCACAUGACUCACCAGCAUAGAGAACCUCACGUGUGGUUUACUAAAGAUCCCUAGAAGUAGUAACGGUUCACAUUUGUAUAGAGCUUACCAGUUUCCAUCUGCCUUCACAUACAUUAUCUCACUGGAUUUUCCCCCUCCCCCAGGGGUAGCAAAAGCAUUGUCACCAAUUGACAGAUGAGGAAAUGGGCUCAGAAACGGAAAAUGACCAGCCCAAGGCCACACAAAGAGUAAGUGUCAGAGAGAGACUCAGGCUCACAGAAUUAGAGAGUUAGGAAGGACCCCACAAGACUAUCUCUUCAAAAUCUUCAUUUUAUGGGUGAGGAAACUGGGCCCCAGACAGGCAAUGACUGGUCCAAGCUUGUUCGAGCCAGCACUCGAACCCAGGUCUUCUGACUCUGAAUCCACAGCUGUUUCCACUAUAGCACGCUGCCUCAUAUAUGAAAAGCCUUUUGUUAAAACUAUUACAUGUGAAAAGAUGUGGAUAAAAUGCAACAGACUAGAGUGUGUUUCCUGGCAAUGGGUCAUUUUAAUUAAUUCCUUGAUUCAUUCAGGUCUAUGUUCACGUAACAGAAGAAUCCUUUUCUUAACAAAACUGUCUUCCACAACCUCAGUGAGACAGAAAGAAUCUCCUUUAUAGUCUGCUACUUGUAUUUCGAUUUUUACCCAUUUUAUAUUUUCAACUAUCUUUUGAGAUGGAAAUGACUAAUUUAGUCAUUAAACCUUGUGACAUAUUCAGUAUUAAAAAUUAUAUAAACA